AUGUCACAAAACUCUGAUGGAGACGAUGAGGCAAGUUAUUCAGUGUCAUCGGACAAUACAGGUGAAAAUUUACUGAUACGUAAAAAAGUUCCAGCUUCUCAGUCUUAUUUUGUGGAGCACUUCAGCCCUAACGAUGAGGGACCCCGAUCAAACGCCAUGGGAUCAAAUACAGUCAAUACAUGUGCAGAAACAAGCCCGAAGCGUAUUACAGAAAGCAUUUCAGUACGAAAUUCCUUACUCGAGGAAAGAAAGAUUACCCCGAGGGCUUCACAAACCAACAGUCAGAUAAGACUUUCGCAAUUGUCCAAAGGAACAGUUACAUCGAACGAAAGCAACCAACAAGAUCCAAGCUCACCAAACAGUUCGAGGACUGUUUCAACAUCUGUACUUCUGAAUGGAGGUGAAGAAGAUAACAGUUAUAGCAAUGAUAAAGCUAAAUUAGAGACUACAGAUGAAAGAAGAAUUUCCACGUUCAUGCCACCCUUAAUAUUAAAGGAAGUCUCAAGUACAGUCAUGCAAAAGAAAGAUUCGAUGACAUCGACGAAAACAAAAAACUACAAAUUCGAAGAAGCUGUGCAACUGCUGGAGAAAGAAGCCAAAUAUCACGAUAUUCAAACGUCAUUUACAAAUCCAGUUCUGCAAGAGGACGAUUUCCAACCACAGCAAUAUAACAUAAUUAAAAAGGCAUCAAACGCUUCGUUGAGGAUUGAUACUGAUAUAGGUCAAAGUACACCGCCACCGAAAAGGCGAGAAAACGCAACCCACAGUCCAUCACUCCUGAAUAAAAUUCUAGUACCGUCUUCAAACUAUGAUGCUAAGAUUGAAAUACCUGCAUUAAGAUCUGUUUCUGGAAGUGCACACGCCAGUCCAAACGUUGCCACAUUGGAAGGAUUCAAGCCAGUGUCACCGGUCAUGCCCGAGAGAGCAAGAUUAGCUAAAAUAACUAGAGUUACAGAUUCUCAGAUUGACGUGGCUGUGGAUUUGUUGCAAGUCUACAAGAACGAUAUGAAUGCACAUUCAUACAAAGUUGAUCUAGAGGCGAAUACCGGAUCAUUGUCAAGCACUGGUCACAGCAGAAAAAUAAGCUCGGCGCAUCCUUCCAUAAGGCCAGUACCAAUACAGCACAUUAGCACAGCAUCAAUUCAUUCGUUUGAUUCUCAAAAGUUGCAAUUUUAUGAGAUAUAUAGCAUACCCAGGAUAAUUGGCAUUCUGAUAUGCUGCUUCAUUGUUCCAACACUGUUUUUCAUGAUUUCAGUGGGCAAAAAGGGAGGAAUUUCGGAUUAUAGAUUAAUGAGAAUGAUUAUCAAUAGAAAGCAUCGGGUUGGGAAACUAAAGGGGUUUGAAUGGAAUAUAGAUAUAGAUUGGUUCAGGAAUAUGUGCUUGGUACUAGGGGCAGUUGAAGUACUUGGUAUACUUGCGUCCAUUGGUUCGGGGAUUGGAGUUGCUAUCAAACGACAGUCGUCCGGUUGA